CGCAGUGUGAGAAGUUCAAAAGGGAAGAAAGAGAAAACGGAGGAUUCGAAGAACAAAAAAAAAAAAAAAAAGCAAUAUAAAAAUUGAAAAAUCGGGUCACCACCGAUGGCUACGAUUUAGCCAGCAGGUACGCUUCCAUCUCCGAUGUAAUUCCUCAGUUGUUUUCUGCCGUCGGAUUUUCUCGAUCUGAAAUAAAUAAAAUAAGAAAUAUAUAUAAACGAGAAAAUCGUUUGUUCUGAGAUUGGAUCAAUGGCCGUCGUCGAUAAUGCGGGCGUUGAUUUGAGCGUGACCGUCGGAUCGUCUUUCGAAGCGGCUCCUGCCCCGGACUCCUCCGACGUUGAUCAAGGGAAACCGGCCCACCCUGGAAUCCGGAUGGCCGAUCCUAACCUACAGCAGAACCCAAUUCUACGGUCGCCGUCAUCGUCCCACGAUCAGGCCUUCCACAAAAAGGCCCAGCAAUUCCAGCAGCAGCGACCUACUCCCCCGGCUUACGUUAGCAAUCACCACAACCAGAUUCAGCACGACGUCCACCAGGGGCCGAAGGCGGGCGGGGUGCUGCACCAUCGACCGAAUGGCGUGGAUUCGCAAAGGAGCGGAGAGGCCGGGGAGGGGUUCCAGCAGGAAAUGAGGGAGUUGGAGGAGCUCCUCUCGAAUCUGAAUCCGAUGGCGGCGGAGUUCAUCCCUCCAUCGCUCUCCAACCAUGGAUCUGCCAUUGGUGGCGGAGCUGGCAUGGCCCUCUAUGGUAACGGAUUUGGGAUGCUUAACGGCGGUGGGAACGGGAAUGGUGGUAGGCGGAAGAAGAACAACUUUAGUCAUGGGAAGCGGAGAUUGAACAGCCGAACCAGUAUGGCUCAGCGUGAGGAGAUAAUUAGGAGGACAGUUUAUGUUGCUGAGAUCGAUCACCAGGUCACUGAAGAACAGCUUGCAGCUCUCUUCCAAAGCUGCGGACAGGUUGUUGACUGCCGUGUAUGUGGGGAUCCAAAUUCUGUUCUUCGUUUUGCUUUUAUAGAGUUCACAGAUGAGGAAGGUGCAAGGGCUGCUUUGAGCCUGGCGGGCACCAUGCUUGGAUACUACCCAGUAAGAGUGCUGCCUUCAAAAACUGCAAUUGCACCAGUCAAUCCAACAUUUUUGCCUAGGUCUGAAGAUGAACGCGAGAUGUGUGCAAGAACUAUUUAUUGUACAAACAUUGAUAAAAAGGUUACUCAAGCUGAUGUCAAGCUCUUCUUUGAGUCAAUAUGUGGAGAGGUUUAUCGCUUGAGACUUCUAGGGGACUAUCAUCAUUCUACACGUAUUGCUUUUGUUGAGUUUGUAAUGGCUGACAGUGCAAUUGCUGCUCUCAACUGUAGUGGAGUGGUGCUGGGAUCCUUGCCCAUAAGGGUCAGCCCAUCAAAGACACCAGUCCGACCACGUGCUCCUCGCCCACCACCGCACUGAAUUGUCGCAGGUCCUGAGGCGGCUAAUCUUACCUCUAUCUAUACAUAUAUAUACAGAGAUAUUUAAGGUAUUUCUUUGGUCUUCUAUCUAUUUUGUUUAGUCGUUUUGUUUCAUCAUAGGCAGAUCUCAGUGUAUUCUAGGGGGAACAUGAAUUGUUCUUGCUAGCAUGUAGAGGUGGUUGGAACUUCGAGGCUUUGAAGUUUUAUCUCUCAGUUCAUGUCAAAACGAAAAGGGAAAAAAUUUUCAGAUGUUUUCUGACGUCCAAAUUUAAACUACUUUCAGCGACUGAUCCAAUCGCUCGUUGAUUGGUUUUUAUGGCAUUCAGCUGUUAUAUGCUUCAUUUA